AAAGCAUCGGAAAGUUGCCAGUGAUUUCCUCUGCCGCUCCCCCGCAGUCCUCGUUGUGCACUCACUGUCUAUUGUCUGGAUAUGCUGAGCCCUGGGAAAGAGGCCGAGUAUCGUUGCGCUUUCGGCUAAAAUAGGGUACCUCCUCCCCCUCUAUUCAAUAAACCACAUGCUAGCGGUAGUGAAAGCGUCGUAGAUCCAAGGUAACACGGUCCUAUGCUGCUGAAAUGCUUUAACGGAAACCAGCACACCCAAGAAAACAGAGGACGUGGCCAUAGGGAUGGAGACAUCAGUUUAGUACAAUCGUAUCUAGACCAGACCCCUUGACGACAUUUAUCUAGACCGCGUUCCUAAAAUGACCCGGCAUCUCAGUCGCCUUUAUACUGCGGCUCGCAUCCUGCCACACUCCUCCUCUCAGUUCUAGCUCAGCAUCCAUAUUUUUUGCAUCCCUGUGUGUGAGUGUAGGGAGUGGCAGACCACCGAUAUAUCUCCAGCCCGGGGAUACAGGGAGCUAUUUCAUUUAAGCUAGAAUAAAGUUAGUUGGCGACUACCCUGCACAAAACCGAAUGUGGACUUUGUAAGUCCUGCAGGUACAAUGGGGACCCUCCAUCGCUACUCCCACAUCUAGUGCCUCAGGAAAAAGCCUUUGGUUAUUGGGAAUUUGCUGCCUAUCAGCCGAACGCCAUGAACAUGUUGAAGUCAAGUGGACUGAAGAUUCCUGGCAGGGGUCCAAAGCACUCCAGCCCUGUGGGACGAACCACUGCUGGGUCCUCUUCCGGUCCUGCUGCACAAAAAGACAACUCCCCUCACAAGCCCACCACACCGACACCCAGCAACGCCUCAGACAAGUCCAGCUCCAAAACCUCCGAGGUCGGAGAUGACGUCUUGGGGGACUUUGUGGUUGGUGAACGGGUGUGGGUUAAUGGCGUCAAGCCUGGCUGCGUCGCUUACCUCGGCGAGACACAGUUUGCACCGGGUCAGUGGGCCGGGGUGGUCCUGAACGAUCUGGUCGGCAAGAACGACGGCUCGGUUGGGGGCGUGCGCUACUUCGAGUGCCAGCCCCAUCAGGGCAUCUUCACCCGUCCCUCCAAGCUCAACAGGCAGCCGGUGGGCGACGGAGGCGACGGCCACACCGGGGAUGCCCUCACGGUCCAGAACCUCCAGAGUCUCCAUGGGGGUGCGGGCAAUGGCGCCCAGCGGGCGGUCAUGCCCCUAAGAGAGGGUAUGCUCAACAGCGCCGUGAAGACAGGCAACGAGUCUGGCUCCAACAUGUCUGACAGCGGCUCGGUGAAGAAAGGGGGUGACAAGGAUCUCAGAGUGGGAGAUCGUGUGCUGGUUGGAGGCACUAAAACCGGAGUAGUGCGCUAUGUGGGGGAGACUGACUUUGCCAAGGGCGAAUGGUGCGGUGUGGAGCUGGAUGAGCCACUGGGGAAGAACGAUGGAGCCGUAGCAGGGACCAGGUAUUUCCAGUGCCAGGCCAAGUUUGGGCUCUUUGCUCCCAUCCACAAGGUGAUCCGCAUCGGCUUCCCCUCCACCAGCCCGGCCAAGGCCAAGAAGACCAAGCGCAUGGCCAUGGGCGUGUCGUCGCUGGCGCACAGCCCCAGCAGCUCAUCCAUCAGCUCCGUCAGUUCGGUGGCCUCCUCCGUGGGCAGGCCCAGUCGCACCGGCCUGCUGACGGAGACGUCGUCGCGGUACGCCCGCAAGAUCUCGGGCACCACUGCACUCCAGGAGGCGUUGAAGGAGAAGCAGCAGCACAUCGAGCAGCUCCUGGCCGAGAGGGACCUGGAGCGGGCCGAGGUCGCCAAGGCAACCAGCCACAUCUGCGAGGUGGAGAAAGAGUUGGGCGUGCUCAAAGCCCAGCACCUGCAGUAUGCUGCAGAGACGGAGAGCAACCUGCAGCAAGUAAAAACAUUACUGGUCACCACUCAAAAGGACAAAUUGGAACUGGCCAAUCAGCUUGAGGAAGAAAAAAGGAGAGUUGAAGAUCUUCAGUUCAGAGUGGAAGAGGAAUCCAUCACCAAAGGAGACCUAGAGACACAGACGAAGCUGGAGCAUGCCCGCAUACGGCAGCUCGAGCACAGUCUGCUGGUCGAAAAGUCAAAAGCAGAGAAGCUGAAAAAAGAAUUAGAGGAGAAAAUGCAAACCACGGUGGAGGAGAAGACCCGGGUGGUGCAGCUGGAGGCAGAGGUGGAGGACAUGAAGGCACGUCUGCAGAGGAGCACGGGCGGCCCCGGGGAUGCGUCUGGGUCCGCUGGUACCGCCGCCAGCGUCUCAGACACGGAGGUGGGUCUGAGCACCGAGCUCAUACGCGAGCAGCUGCUGUCGGCGGGCCGUGAGCACCGCGAGGAGAGCAGCCAGCUGCGGGAGAAGUACGAGGCGGCGCUGAGCGGGAGCCAGCGCGAGGCCGAGCACCUGAAGUCCACCGUGGAGCGGCAGGCCCAGGAGAUCGCCGACCUGCGCCAGCGGCUUCAGCAGUCCACGCGCGAGAACAUGGACAUGAUGGACGGCUGGAAGACUAAGCUGGACUCCCUGUCGGGCGACCACCAUCGCGCCCUGGAGGAGCUGAAGGCCUCGCUGAUGGGCGAGCGGCGCAACGGGGAGGGCGAGGGUGAGGACGGUAACACCAGCGCACCGCCCGAGGUGAGGGCGGCAAUGGAGAGCCUGCGCAUAGAGCAGCAGCUGGAGCUGGAGAACCAGAAGGCCAAGCAUGAGAUCGAGGUGGCCGUGAUGUCCAAGGAACGCGAGGACUACCGCACGCGACUCCAGGAGCUCCGCGACCAGCUGGAGGAAAGCGACGGGAACUGGAGGAUCCAGGCAGAGGUCAAGAGCGGCCAGCACGUGUUGGAGCUCAAGGAGGCUGCCGAUAGGCUCCAGAAAGCCGAACAGAGGCUAGGAGAGCUGGAGAAAGCCCACGAGGAGCAGGGCCGCACAGGCCAACUCCAGAGGGAGAGGCUGGAGCUGGCUGAGAAGAAGAUGGUGGACUACGAGACCCUGCAGAAAGCAGAGGCCCAGAGUCGGGCAGAGCUGCUCACGCUGGAGGAAAAGCUGAGAGUCAGUGAGAACAGACUGCAGGCCAUGGAGGCUGACCGCACCACCCAAGACGCUAAUGUGAUAGAGGAUACUGAUAACUCCGAAGAAAAGAUUCAAUUAAAGCAGACUAUGGAAGAAACCUAUGAGAAACUUACAAAAAGAGAAAAAGAAGUCUCUACUCUUUCAACACAAGUGGAUGCUCUUCAGUCAGAAAUUACUGCCUUGGAGAGCAAAGUUCGUUUAGGGGAUAAGAAGGCUGAUGCACUUCUCAAAGACAAGAUGCGUGUGGAGGCUGAGCUGGAGUCGAUGACCAAGAAAUCCCAUGAUGCUUCAGGACAGCUUGUCAUCAUUAGCCAGGAGCUCCUGAAGAAAGAGAGGAGCCUGAAUGAACUUCGAGUGUUAUUGCUGGAGUCCCCCCGCCACUCGCCCGGAUUGGACCGUGAUCUAAGCAGGGAAGUGCACAAAGCUGAGUGGAGGGUGAAGGAGCAGAAGCUGCAGGAAGACAUCAAAACCCUGCGGGAAAAACUGCUGCUGCUGGGUCGGGAGAAGUCGUCCCCAGACCACCGCAGGUACUCCAUGAUGGACCCGUCUGCGUCGGAGACAGAGGUGACCCGGCUGCGCCAUAGGCUACUGAGCACAGAGGACCUCCUGAGGAACGCCCUGGAACACAACCAGGAGGUGGACCAGCUGGUGGAGGCCAUGUGCACACGGCCAGACAAGGGCCAGGCCCAUGGUGGUGCAAAUUCAGCCAAUGGUAUUCAUCAACCAGACACAUCUCUCUUACAAGAGGUAAUACACAAGGAACAACACUGAUGAAGGGGGAAAGGAGGCCGAACUGAUUGUUUUGAAAACUGUGGAGGUACAUUGUAAGGAAAGAAGAAGCAGCCAGUUUGAAGCUUAGACUUCGUACUAACGCUCCACUGGACAUGUGAAUUUUUUUUUUUUUUCAGUUUAUAGUUAACACCAAAUCGACGACUAGCUGUCUCAAUAAACAAUCCAAAGCAUCAUAAUGAACAUCUAAUAUGCCCCCUGACAGACGAGAAAGAGGUUAUGCGGUUCCUUGUUUGUGCAAACUUACUUGGCCAAUAAAACCUGAUUCUGAUUCUGGUUAUGGUACGAUCCUGUUACCUGUAGACUACCUCCUACAUGGACAAGGUUGAUGUUUUAAAAUGAAAGAAAGUGGUCCAAUUAUGACAAAUUAUGACAAAUAUGACAAAACAUGACAACCUUGUUUACCAGAGCUGUGGACAGAACUUGGUUUGGCUCCACCAGGAAGAACACAUGAGUACCAGGAUGAUUGAUAUUUAGCCUCUAUUGAAACUCGUUUAAUUUAUUGGCAAUCUUUUUGUAUGACUUUGAUUGCAAAGUAUUCAGUUAGAACAAAGAAGGGAGCCCUUUUGCAUAUAGGGAUUGAGGUACAUGUUUAUCCCACAAGUAGCAUACAGAUGGAUACAAAUAAAAACAGUCUGAAGGAUUUGGUCAAGGCUCGAGUUGGGGUGUCACAGCGUAUGGAUCUGUGUUUAAAACUGUAUUUAAACAAUUCAACUCUCAGUCUGUGUGCAAAAACAUCAGCUAUACGCCAGUCAUUCAAGUCACAGUACUCUAGCUGUAAUGAACUCCAUGGGCAUACUUCAGUGGUUGUCUGUAAGGCUACAAGGAUCAGUUUCAUAUAAAUGAGAAAAUAUUGAGACUCAUUUUAAGUUACAGAGGGGAGAUUCACUGUUGCAAUACAUUCUUUCCUAUGUCAAGAGGACGUGGGCAUCAGUGACAUGGUCCAGAAUCUGGUAUAAUCUGGUAUGAAGUGUAUAAACAAGAAAACCAUCCAUCAUCUGGAUCUGUUUGCUAUCUCCAACCCAAAUAUACAGAAUAUAUCUAUGUAUUGAGUCUUCCAAAUGUCAGUAUCUCAAAUUCAACAAGAAUCCAUAGCCUCCAGUCCGUUACUAUAUUUACAGGAAACAAUUGGUGAAUAUUUGGUCUUUGGGGAACUUUCUGUAGGUACUGUAUGGGCACAGCUAGUACGACGGGGACAUUCUCUGAAGGUGAUAGGGCUGGCCCCAGGCUUUGGAAUUGAAGAAUCUAAAUGUUAUUGGACUUGAAAUAUUGCCUUUUCUCAGUUGGGAAAAAUUCUUCAUACCCUUGAUUGCUGUAAUGUUUCUGAAACUCGAUCAUUAAAUAUUAACAAUAUGGACAAAA